AUGGUCCACGCCAACGUCGCCCUCGUCUCUCGCGGAUUCCUCGGGUCUGCUCCUCAGAAGCCGACGGUCGCCAUCUCCUUGAAAACCCUCGAAGCUUACCGACAACUUCACCGAGCGUGCCCGCGCCUGAGUGUACAAGCGCAAGUCAAAGCACUUUGUUACUUACACGAAGUUCCUUUCAAUAAACAUCUAGUCAAGCAAUUCAGUGACGCCUACGACGUGUACCUCGACAUCCAGUAUGGAGUCAAUCGGUUGGUCAAGUCAGCCAUGCACCGCGAUACUCCCGACUGGCGCAUGCUCAAUGCCUGCGCACCGUGCCUCUACAAGAUCGAAGACGAGCCGACACUCAAGUAUGCGCUCUUAGCCACAAUGGACGGCAACCAGUCCCUAAAGCUCGUCGACAACAUGUUUCGGCACGGUACUACCCGCGAGGAUGGGCGAAGUGCACGAACCGAUAUCUGGCUUUCGCCGGCAGAGGUCGAUCGGUUCAAGGAUGAGGCAGGCAAAAUUGUACAUCAAACCGCCGAUGAUCCCGGACGACUUGAUGAUCACAGCGACGACAUCGCGUGGCUGGAUCUGCCCGAGUCCGAAGAUGGUAAGCUCGAGGCCUCCGUCGACGUGUGCGUGGAGCGCUGGCGCAACGCGGGUCCCGAAGCGCGGAAGAAGAUGUUCGCCCUGUUCGCGAUGACAGGCAUCUUCGUGUGCUUAUGCCGCCAUGGACAACUGCUCAUCCUCUGUGACAUGAUCAGGAGUGGAGAACUCGCGAAAUACCCCCUCGCCAUCGUCAACAAGCUGAUGGAGGUCUACGGCCCCGACGUCUUGGUCGGCUACGACAUCGCAUGCGCCUUCGCCAAGACGCUCGCCAAGAGCUGCCUCGCGCCAGAUGCACGUCGGCUCCGUAUGGCAGGUGUCGUACCGGCAUUCCACGGGCACGGCCACAAUCGCGGCUGCCAAGUCAAUUGGCAUCCCCUCUACAUGGAUGGCGUCGGUAAGGAGGACUUCGAGGGUUGCGAGCGCUGCUUCUCUGAAUCGAACAGCCUCGCCCCUGGGACGCGCCUAUCGUCGGUCUUCCACCGGGAACAGGCAAUCGAGGAACAUUUCCAGUUCUGGGGCGAGCAGAAGCAUUAUGAUUCGGGAAACUUCAUCUACAAUAAUUAUCGACAGGCUCUCGACAUCAUUCAAGAAGACGGUUGCGUACUUGCGGCCCUGUCAGCGGAGCUGAACACGAGCGACAAUGACUACGAGGAGUACCUGAGACAAGAGAGAGAGUACCUACGCGGUCGCAAAGCUGAACCACCCGAAAAAGCGACUGCAGAUCAGCAGUUUCGCGAGCUCGACUUCAACAUCUGUCAUAACGGCUACACAACGAAGGAGAUCACACGGGUCCGGACGAAUCGAACGAACACCACAAAACGGUACUUCGAGACUGACGACGACUGCCAGGCGUACGAGAAGGAACUCGACAUCAGUGUGCGAUGGACGCCGAACAGCACGGAGUAUCAGGAAGCAUGCAAACUCCUGACAAUGCGCCAGUAUCAGCGCGCGGUGGAUGAGCUCGAACGACUUGUCGUCCAGCGGCUUUUCGAGCUCACAAAGCUCGGGAUGAUGCUAGGUUACAAGCUCCGCGAAAAGAUCGGGAAGGCCCUUAAAGCACGCGCGCAAGCGAUCCAGAAAGCUCUCGGUCGAUACAAUGAGCAGGCUGCGCGUCUGACACCCCCGCGCGCAGCCCUUUCGUGGCAAGAAGUGGUAGGGAUGGUUUCCCUAGCUGACUUCGACCUUCUUCGUGAAGGCCGCGAGGACAUCCGUCAGAAGCCGUGGGCAAAACACUCGCAGCGACGUGCCAUGAACCUGUACUUCAACAUCAAGCGAGCACGCGAGGAGAUUACGCGCCUGAACGUCGAGAUUCGACGUCUGCUCACUCAUAUGUAUGAUGAACACGUUGAUUACCACGUCGCGGUGCAAGAGCUCGCUUCGACCAAUCCAGGCCUCGUGAUGGAGUUGAAACGACGAUGGCGUUAUCGUAACGAAAUCAACACCAGGAUCGCCUUCAAGCUGUUCAAGACGUCUCAACUGCGCGGCUUCACAGGAAGUCUUCACACUGGUCAACGUAUUGGACGCCCCGUGACGCGAAACGAUGGUAUUCCGAUACCUCCGUGGGCGAAGUGCUUAGUAGAUACUACAGUGGCUCGUGAGGUAGAUGCAGAUGCAGCCGAGGAGGAUGAUGAGAUCGAACCGUUGUUGCCUGGAAUCGAGUUCGACCACGAUGCGAACGCGUACGUAGGAUUCCUCGACGACCUGGGUAGACAAGAUGUGGACAUUCGUACAGAGUAG